CAUGACUGCAAGAUUCCGAUAUAUGCACGUAAUCAGAUACAAUUAUUGCAACUAAAAGACAUCUAGUCGAUACUGAUUAUUAUUUUUAUAUCCCAAUCACUUGAAUAGUAUCUAGCUUAUUGCAAGAUAUAUCGUUUCAAUCUUACCAAUGGCUUCGAUGUCUCACGAUGGCCCAACAGGCCCAGGAGGCUUCAUCCAACCACUUCCAUCACCAGCCCCUUCGUCACUAUCAGCAUCUACAGUGACUCCAUCUACUUUACCUAAACCAAGAACCCACCCGCUCAAAGCGGGCUCGAUGAAAGAAACAACAGUGAUCAACCAUAUUGACAAAAACAUUCUCUCCAUCAACCGGCGACAUGCGAAGAAAUUCAGCAGCUCUUAUGAAGACCAAAACCAACAGGCGUCUGAGAGAGGCUAUGAGAGUUUCAAUGAAGUCGCCAAGGAUAUCGAGGCGCUUGUUGAUGUUUUGUGGGUUAGUGGGACGCCAUCACUUCAAAUACCGUAUAUGAUUUCUCUUGCUGUUUUGGUGAAUUCAUAUCUUCCUGAUUACCCCUUCACAUCGGGGACUACCUUUCGUCUGAUUCGAAAGUUGGAUUCCGUCUUUGCAUCUUUAUUACUCGGCGAGGAUGUGGAGUCUGGGGCUCCUCUCUCUGGAUUUGAGAAUAAAAGUAAUGUCGUCUCCAUGACAGAGAAGGUUAGGAUCAAGAGUAUUGCAGAGACAUGUCGCGUUACAGUCGUGGAAGCAAGGGAACAGGAAGACGCAACGGGUGCUGAAGACGACGAUGAUGAAGAUGAUGACUUUACUGACGACGAUGAUAUGGCUGAUGCAUUUGGUACGGGAGGUUUUGAGGAGACUCCUGACAGGUGGGAGAUGGAAGCUGGUAGGGUGUAUGAGAGAACUAUUCAGUUGUUGGGGGAUGAGUUGGGCCAGCAAGGGGAAUUUUAUGAUCCUAGUAUUUCUACUGGAGAGGGGUGUUUGCCAUAGGUUGAAGUUUGGUAUACUACAUAUGAGAUAUAUAAUUGAUAUUGCCUUGAAGCACAGGCCUAAAAAUGCCAUGUAUGGUUUGUAUUAGAUGAAGAC